UAGGUCUCUUUCAAAACUUACCAUUCUUGGAUGCAGGGAAAAGGGCACGUAGAUAUAUAAGAUUCAUCUUCCUUUGGCCGUUCGAAAUCCUUCUCAUACGAGUCCCCAACCCCUCUCCUCUCUGCGCCCUUCAAGUUUUCCUCUUCUUUUCAAAUUCCCAAUUCCCCUAAACAGGUAAAUUUUACAGAUUCUUCAUCUCAAACUGACGUCAAAGCCUCCAAAAGUACUGCAAAAAUGAGUUCAUCAGACAACAGGUUUUUGCAAGAACUGAUUCUCUACGCCGCAAACGCUGCUUUGAGCUGCUUGGUUUUGUUCGCGGGGAUCCGACAUUUCGACCCGAACCGCGAAGCGUCCAAGAAAGCAACUGAACACAAGAAGGACAUUGCAAAGCGUUUGGGCCGACCUCUUAUCCGGACCAAUCCCUAUGAGGAUGUUAUAGCCUGUGAUGUGAUCAAUCCUGACCAUAUCGAUGUAAGAUUUGACAGUAUUGGAGGGUUGGGAGCCAUUAAACAAACAUUGUAUGAAUUAGUCAUUCUUCCUUUACAAAGACCCGAGCU